AUGCCCCUCAUACCGUCCACGAUGUCGAGCAACAAGCCCCGGGUGAUUCUAGGGUUGAUGACCUUCGGGCCGCCGGGCACCGAGCCCAAGGGGGCCCGCAUAACCGACCUGGACGAGUACAACAAGUGUCUCGACUACCUCCAGCAGCGGGGGUACAACGAGAUCGACACGGCGCGCACGUACAUCGGCGGCCAGCAAGAGGGCUUCACGGCGCAGGCCAAGUGGCAGGACCGGGGCCUCACCCUCGCGACCAAAUGCUACCCCGCCAGUCCCGGGGACCACUCGCCCGAGAAGCUGCGGGCCAGUCUGGAGAAGAGCCUGCAAGAGCUGGGGACCAAGACCGUCGACAUAUUCUACCUGCACGCCCCGGACCGGAGCGUCCCCUUUGAGAAGACGCUGGAGACGUGCAACGAGCUGUUCAAGGAGGGCAAGUUCGUCCAAUUGGGUCUGAGCAACUUUGCCGCCUGGGAGGUCAGCGAGGUUUGGAACAUCGCGAACGAGCGAGGAUGGGUCAAGCCCACCAUCUACCAGGCCAUGUACAACGCCAUCACGAGGGAUAUCGAGAAGGAGCUGGUCCCGUGUUGCCGGAAAUACGGCAUCGAUCUGGUCGUGUAUAACCCGCUCGCAGGAGGCGUGUUCAGCGGCAAAUACAAGUCGAAAGAAGAGGUCCCGGCCGAAGGACGAUUCGCCAAUGUUGCGAACAAUGGCAAGAUGUACCGAGACCGAUACUUCCACGACACGACAUUCCAUGCUCUCUCGCACGUCGAGCCCGUGGUGAAAAAGGCCGGCCUCACCCUCGUCGAGACCGCGCUGCGAUGGUGCGUGCACCACUCGAUACUCAAGCUUGGCGACAAGGGCAACGACGGCAUCAUAAUCGGCGUGAGCAGCCAAAGCCAACUCGAGACCAAUCUGGCCGACCUGGAGAAGGGUCCGUUGCCCGAGGAGGUAGUCAAGGCUCUAGACGAGGCGUGGGAGAUUUUUGCGUACAAGGGACCUUCGUAUUGGCGAUGA